CUUGAGACCAAAAGGCGCAUCUCUCCGCUUGUGAUGAUGAGAGGACGACGAAGGGCUGCGUUGCUCUCUUGAUCUUUUGUUUCUGUUGGUGGUCUGGUUAUGUUUCUUGCGCGUUCUUGGCCCCACCAUGGGCUCUCGAUUGGAAUCAGGAUCCAACGCAGUUCGGAAGAGGAUUGAGAACCACGUGUUUGAAGAUGAAGAAGGCGAGGAGUACGGAGCUUCAAGUUUCGGCGGAUUUGGAGAAUACUUUCGUCGCAAAAAGUUGAAAUUGCAGAACUUGGACGCUGAGAUACGAUCGAGUUCCCCGAACAACCCUCCGAUCUUUCAAGGUGUGGUUGCACAUGUAAAUGGCUACACACAACCGUCCCUAAAUGAUCUUCAUCGCCUUAUCGUUAGCCACGGUGGAGCUUUCCUCCAGUACCUUGACUCGAAGACGGCGGCUACACAUAUCAUCGCAAGUUCCUUGACACCCAAAAAGCGCGAAGAAUUCCGGAAAUAUCGUGUCGUAAAACCAGCGUGGGUUGUGGAAAGUAUAAAUGCUGGCCGACUUCUUCCCUGGAAUUCGUUUAGGGUUGUGGACGAGGGAGCGUCUCAGAAGGUGCUCAAGUUCAGCGACAAUGGCCAGAUCGUGAGCCAGACCAGGACACAGUCGUCCAGUUAUCGGGAUCAAACAGAAUCUAGCUGGUAUAUAGCACGUCUUGCCCCACGCUAUCCCGACGCUAAGGGGUUCGAGAAUAGUACAAUUCCUACGCCUUCACCCAAAGCUGUAGGAGAUGUUGGUGACAGUGUAUUUAACACUAAGGCCUCUACUAAUAUAGCGCAACAAGAGCAGGGAUUUGACGAUUCUAUUCCAGUAGAGAAUAGGACGACUUCAGGUGAUGCCGAGGUAGCAGUUCAUCCGGAAGACACUGACGAACCGCGACAAGAACCUUUGGAGAAGACCAAAGAUAACAUGACUCCUGAAGAGUAUAACGCACAGUUACUCUCAAAUCCACAUAUGCGUAAUUCAAGCGGCGUUAAUCCCGAUUUUAUUCGGCAGUAUUAUCGAGAGUCGCGUCUUCACCACCUUUCUACCUGGAAAGCCGAGUUGAAAGCAAAGCUCCAAGAGGCGACCCUUGCUAAAGUUUCAUCCCUUCGGACACCCAAAAAACACGUUCAGGGAUCACGACGGUACAUACUUCAUGUCGAUUUCGAUAGCUUCUUUGCCGCUGUUUCCAUUCGCAAGAACCCUGAGCUUGCGGAUAAGCCUGUGGCCAUCGCCCACGGUACAGGAGCAGGGUCUGAGAUUGCGAGUUGCAACUAUCCCGCGCGGGCAUUCGGUAUACAAAACGGAAUGUGGAUGCAGGGAGCCUUGCAGAUGUGUCCCGAUCUUAAAGUUCUUCCUUACGAUUUUGCUGCCUACGAAGACGCGAGUAGGAAAUUUUACGAGGCAAUACUUGAUAUUGACGGCAUCGUACAAAGCGUCAGUAUUGAUGAAGCUCUUGUCGAUAUCACUAAGCUCUGCCUUGAGGCCGGGGGUUCUGAAGGCAAAGGUAUAUCGGAAGGCUCUAUCUGGAAAGAGCAGGCAAAAGCUGAUGAAAUUGCCCAAACUUUACGGGAUUCAGUUAAACAGAAGACUGGAUGCGAUGUGUCCGUAGGCAUUGGAGGAAAUAUUCUGCAGGCCAAAUUGGCAUUGCGGAAAGCCAAACCAGCUGGUCAGUUCCAGCUGAAGCCAGAAGUGGUUCUUGAGUUUAUCGGGGAACUUACGGUGCAGCAGCUUCCCGGGGUAGCGUAUAGCUUAGGAGCUAAACUCGAGGAGCUUGGGGUGAAGUUUGUUAAAGAUAUCCGCGAGCUUUCUAGGGAAAGGCUUACCUCGAAUCUCGGUCCAAAAACUGGAGCCAAACUAUGGGACUAUGCUCGCGGCAUUGAUAACGCAGAUGUUGGAGACGUCGCACCCAGAAAAUCUGUAUCCGCAGAAAUAAACUGGGGAAUUCGCUUCGUCACGCAAGCGCAGGUAGAAGAAUUCGUGCAAAGCUUGUGUGAUGAGUUGCAUCGACGACUUAUGGAGAACGGGGUAAAAGGGAAGCAGCUGACGAUGAGGAUUAUGCGACGAGCUCUUGAUGCACCCCUGGGUCCUCCGAAGCACCUCGGACACGGCAAGUGUGAUAUGUUCAACAAGAGCGUUUUGCUAGGUGUAGCAACCAAUUCCAGUGAGGUACUUGGUAAGGAAGCCGUUUCAAUCCUCAGGAGCUUCAAUUUUUCCCCCGGCAAUCUGAGAGGACUUGGAGUACAAAUGACGAAAUUGGAGUCCAUCAAAUAUGAUCCUUCUGGUGGGAUACACAGCAGCCAGCGUCAGCUCAACUUCGCCCCUUGUAGUCCUCAAGAACGAAGGCCCUCCCAGGAUUUGGACGAAAUAACCACCCCGAGUAAAACGGAGUCUUAUGUAUCCGUACAAACUGCGCCAGAACUUAACGAUGAAUCACAAAGACCGAUGAAUAUCACUGGAACUCAGUUUAUUAUGCCUUCACAAGCUAAUUCUCAAGUGCUUUCUGAGCUUCCUGGAGAUAUUCGGUCCAAAUUUGUCUCUAUGAGCAAACAGCAGCAAACACCAAUAACUCUUGCCAAACGCCCCCUGAUACCCCAGGCACCUUUUUCACUGCCUCCUCAGUCGCAGGUGGACCCGGAAACUUUAGAUGCCCUGCCAGAAGAUUUACGAGCGGAAAUACUGGCUUAUUAUCAGCAAUCCCCCCCAUCGCUUCCAUGCGAUGCAUCCCCCGAAGCAAAUAGUAACAUACGGCCAAAGACAAAGCUUACUCCUACCAAGCCCCGUGCUGGCCGCACUCGUGGCCGGCAGGUUGCCAGUAAAUCUGAUGCCAAGUCUACCCUGACUCAAUCAAGCUUCAUCGUUUCUCGACCGUCCUCGUCUACAGCUCCAGCAGAUGAAAAUCCAAGCACAUCAUCGGUUGUUGAAGAAUGUGCAGAUGAUAUUUCCGAAGAGUUUCUUUUAGCGUUACCAGAAGACAUCCGUCGCGAGGUCAUCGAGGAACACAAACGAUCACGUCUCCAGAAGCGAUCCGGACUCAAUUUACCUACAGUUCGCAAACCGUUAAGUAAGCCUACAGACCGCCCUCCAGAGCAAAAGCUCCUCGAAUUCGCACCCCGGCCGCCAAAGCCGACAUUUACUUCAAAAAAGCUCUCUUCACUACCAGAGCUGCGUGAAGCACUAAGCGAGUGGUACGAGUUAUUCAAGCGAGAGGGACCCUUUGAGGAAGAUGUGGAUGCCCUUACCAAGUAUUUGAAGCGUGUUAUUCUUGAGGAAAGAGACGUGUCGAAGGCUGUUGCUGUGGCACAAUGGUUGGCUUGGUUGUUGGAUAGUGCCGGGGACGAUGAGAAAGACAAAAAUGAAGUAAUAGAUUUUGGGUCGGUUGACCAACACCAGUCGCUAGAGGCUUGGAAGACUGCUCUCCAGAAAGUGCGCAGAGAUGUUAAUGAUGCUGUGAGAGAGAGGGGGUUGCCUCCCGUUGAAUUUAUGUGA